AUGCGGGAUCCUAUGGAAGUGAUGCGGGAUCCUAUGGAGGUGAUGCAGGAUCCUAUGGAAGUGAUGCAGGAUCCUAUGGGAGUGAUGCAGGAUCUUAUGGAGGUGGAUCCGGAUCCUAUGGAGGCGGAUCCGGAGCAUCCCAAGGAGCCGGAAGCUCGUCGGGAUCCUCCGGGAACAAGGCAGGAUCCCAUGGGAGCAGACCGGGAUCCUACGGACUUGGGGCUUUGGGAAGUGGGUCUGGAUCCGGGAGACCCGGCUCCUAUGGGGGAUCCAGUGGGGGAUCCUAUGGAACUGGGUCGGGAUCAGGAAGACCGGGAUCCCAGGGGGGAAGCGGAUCCGGAGCGGGGAGACCGGGAUCCCAUGGGAGCAGUGGAUCCGGGUCGGGAAGACCGGGAUCCCAUGGGAGCAGUGGGUCUGGAUCGGGAAGCCCUGGAUCCCAUGGGAGCAGUGGGUCUGGAUCGGGAAGCCCUGGAUCCCAUGGGAGCAGUGGGUCUGGAUCGGGAAGCCCUGGAUCCCAUGGGAGCAGUGGGUCUGGAUCAGGAAGCCCUGGAUCCCAUGGGAGCAGUGGGUCCGGAUCGGGAAGCCCUGGAUCCCAGGGGGGAAGCGGAUCCGGAUCGGGAAGACCGGGAUCCCAGGGAGGGAUUGGAUCUGGAAAACCCGGAUCCCAAGGAGGCAGCGGAUCGGGAUCCUAUGGGGGCGGAUCGGGAUCCUAUGGGGGUGGAUCGGGAUCCUAUGGGGGGGGAUCCAGCUCCUAUGGGGACAGCUCAGGAUCCUAUGGGCUCCCGGAGUCCUAUGGGGAUGCUUCGGGAUCCUCUGGGGGCUCAUCCCAAGGGGGUGGAUCCAGCUCCUAUGGGGGCUCAUCGGGAUCCCAUGGGACUGGGUCAGGCUCCUAUGGGGGCUCAUCGGGAUCGGGAUCCUCUGGCAGACCAGGAUCCUAUGGGGGCUCAUCAGGAUCCUAUGGGACUGGAUCAAGCUCCUAUGGAAGCGACUCCAGCUCCUAUGGGGGUGAUUCAAUAUCCUAUGGGGGGGGAUCGGGCUCCUAUGGGGGGGGAUCAGGAUCCAGCUCCUAUGGGGGGAGACCCUCAUCCGGCUCUUAUGGAGGGGGAUCAGGAUCGGGCUCCCAUGGGGGGGGAUCAGGAUCGGGCUCCUAUGGGGGGGGCUCUGGCUCAGGAUCGGGCUCCUCUGGGGGGAGAGGGAUCGGGCUCCUAUGGGGGGGAUCAGGGUCCGGCUCCUAUGGGGGGAGACCUGCAGCCGGCUCUUAUGGAGGAGGAUCGGGAUCGGGCUCCCAUGGGGGUGGCUCCGGCUCCUAUGGGGGGGGAUCGGGCUCCUAUGGGGGGGGAUCAGGAUCGGGCUCCUAUGGGGGGAGACCCUCAUCCGGCUCCUAUGGAGGAGGAUCCGGCUCCUAUGGGGGGGGAUCGGGGGGCUCUGGCUCUGGCUCCGGUUCCUAUGGGGGGGGCUCUGGUUCCUAUGGGGGGGGCUCUGGCUCCUAUGGGGGGGGCUCCAGCUCCGGCUCCUAUGGGGGGGGCUCGGGGGGCUCUGGCUCCGGUUCCUAUGGCGGCAGCCGCCGGCCCGGGUACAAGAACCCCUCGGUCCCGUUCGUGCCGGGGCUCCGCGAUCCCGCCCGCAUCGGCGGCUACGUCCCGGUCCGCAGGGAGCGGGGGCCGGGCUCCGGGAGCGGCUCCAGGGCGGGAGGCGGCGGCGGGGGGGAGGAGAACGGUGGGGAUAGGAAUGGGGCCAUGGGGGUAUCCAUGGGAUGGGGCCAUGGGGGUAUCCAUGGGAUGGGGCCAUGGGGAAUCCCCGAAUCCCAAGGGUUGGAAGGGACCUCAUCCGGUCCAAGCCCCCUGCAGGAGCAGGGUAACCCGGGGUACAUCCCACAGGAACGUGCCCAUGAAUAUCUCCAAUGUGGGAGACCCCACAGCCCCCCUGGGGAACCCGGUCCAGUGCUCUGGCGCCGCCCGCAGCCUCCCGGUGCCGGUCACGGUCCCGGUCCCCGCCACGGCUCCGGUGCCCGUGAGCGCCCCCAACACGCGGCCCCCCCCCACCGCGGCCCCCCCGGGGCCCGGCCCCACCGCGGGCCCCACCGCGAGCCCCACGGGGCCGCAGGAGCUGGAGCUGAAGCUGGAACCGGAGCUGCGGGACCUGCUGGGGCCCCCCCCGCUCCCCAACGUGCCCCUGCCCGCGCCCCACAGCCUGACCCACACCUUGGCCCAUACCAUGUCCGAGCGCCGCCCCCCAGCGCCCCCCCAGCCGCCCCCCCCCGUGCCCGGCCCCCCCCCGAGGCCGCAGGGCCCCCCCCGGCCCGAUGACCCCGAGCCCCCCCUGCCCGUGGUCCCCGUGGCCCCAUGGCCCCCCCUGCCCGAGUGGGAAGGAGGCGGGGCCACGGCAGCCCCGGGCCAGGGGGCGGGGCCAGGGGGCAGCUCCUGA